CUUUUUAUUCAGACUUAUAAUGACACUUUUUUAUUUGAGUCGGUCUUAUUUUGAUGGACUGUUGGCACGACGGCACACCUCAGCAUUACCUCUUCACUGGAAAAAAAUGAGGAAUAUUUAUUCAGACUACAAGAAUAGUAUGCCUACAAUAAAAUGUGACUGAUCUCCAAUCAACUGAUCUAGAAAAUAGCCAAUUAGCCAACACACAAAAGCAGGCGAGAUGGAGGAGUCAUGUGGUUCAUAUGCCUCUGUGUAUGAGCCAAACGGGCAUACAGCCUGGGCAGACCACCAGCAGCGUCAGGAACAGGAGAUUUCAGACAACCUCAGGAGAAAGAUUAAGUACUUCUUCAUGAACCCUUGUGAGAAAUACGUUGCACGGGGAAGGAAACCAUGGAAACUGAUGCUCCAGAUCAUCAAGAUUGCUGUCAUUACCAUUCAGUUGGUGUCAUUUGGACUGAGUAAUCAGAUGGUGGUAACCUUCAAAGAAGAGAACCUCAUGACGUUCAAUCAUCUCUUCCUCAAAGAUUAUGUGGAUGGCCGUGGGGACUCUUACGCUUUAUACAGGCAGGAUGAGGUGUAUGAACACAUCCACUACAUAGUUGAAAAGUAUUCUCAUCUCCGAAACAUCACCGUUGGCAACCAUGCGUAUGAGAAGAUUGGGGACACCUAUACUCCUUUGUCUUUGUGCCAGGAAUUCUACAGGAAUGGAAGCAUUUCACCAGCAAAUGAGACUUUUAAAAUAGAUGCACAGAUUGAAACUGAAUGCCUUGAGAUUUUUCCUGUGUUCCCCAUGGACAGACCAAUAGAAGAGGAUCUGUUGAAUUUCGUUGUGCAUUUCAAUAGGUUGUUGAAUGUGAAAAUCAAAUUCACUCUAAAGGCCAUAAAUCUCCAGACGGUCAGACAUCGAGAGCUGCCAAACUGUUAUGAUUUUGAUGUCUCAAUCACCUUCAACAACCAAGCUCACAGUGGCAGAAUAAAAGUAGACCUUGACAAUGACGUUGACAUUAAUGAAUGUAGAGACUGGAAAGUUACCGGGGCUUCGCCAAAGAAUAUCUACUACCCACUCGUGUUUGACUGUCUCAUCAUUAUAACCUGCAUCGCCUCACUCACGCUCUGCACACGCUCUGUGCUCAAAGGGAUACAGCUGCAGUUUGAGUACACAGACUUCUGUCACGUCCAACAUGGUAAGCAGGUUCCUUGGUCAGAUAGGCUGGAGUUUCUGAAUGGCUGGUAUAUCCUCAUCAUUAUCAGCGAUACUCUCUCCAUCAUCGGAUCCAUUCUGAAAAUAGAAAUCCAGACAAAGGUUCUGACCAAUUACGAUGUCUGCAGCAUCUUUCUGGGGACAGGCACAAUGUUUGUUUGGAUCGGAGUCAUACGCUAUAUGGGUUACUUCAAGAAGUACAACAUUCUCAUCCUAACCCUGAGAGCAGCUUUCCCAAAUGUGGUCCGGUUUAUCGGUUGUGCGGGAAUCAUCUACCUGGGCUACUGUUUCUGUGGUUGGAUCGUGCUUGGGCCCUACCACGAGAAGUUCCGCACCCUGAACACGGUAUCGGAGUGCCUGUUCUCGCUGAUCAACGGAGAUGACAUGUUCCCCACCUUCAAGCACAUGCAGCAGAAGAGUUACCUGGUGUGGCUGUUCAGCAGAGUCUACCUCUACACCUUCGUAUCCCUCUUCAUCUACAUGAUCCUCAGCCUCUUCAUCACGCUCAUCACUGACACCUACGACACCAUCAAGCAUCAGCAGCAGGACUGGGUUCCAGUGUCGGAGCUCCACGCGUUCGUGUCGGAGUGCAAAGACUUGCCCACCUCGGGGCGUUACCGGGUGGAGGGGGAGUCCGGUUCCUGCACCUUGUCCUCCUUCUGCACCCCCUGCAUCCCCAGAUGCAAUGACCGUCGAGGAAGGCUGAGCUCUGACUCCAUAACGGACCUUGAUCAGUCUCCUGACAUUGGAAGUUAGUCAAGAAACCUCAACACCCCAGUGAAACAGUCCUCAACGUCCAGACCUGUAAUGAAUUUAAUGUACAGAAGUCAAUGACCACCUGAUGACUCAAUGUGAACACUGUUAAUAAUGAAUAAUAAUGUGAAAAUGUGAAUGUAUAGUGAAUUGUUAGACAUUGAAACAAUAAAAUGAAUGGUGCAAGAAA